AUGAUUAUUACAAAGAAAUUCACAAAAAUUGCAAACAAAUAAACUGGCAAUAGAAUCAAUAAAUAAGCAAACAUUGAACCUAAAUUUGGAAUCACAUUCUUAGUCCCAUAACGUGGUUAGGAUGUUUCUGUAAAUUAAAAGAGAUUGUCGCUGAUGAAUCCUCCUCCAUCAGGAAUGACGUUAAAGUUAGAUAUUUCCACUAGAAAGUUGAAAAAUGUUUGGCAAUUUGAAGGUAUCAUCACAUUGAGUAGAUUCAUUCUUAUAAUCAACUGA